UCCCCGUCAACUCAUUCAUCAUGUUUGGCAAGCACCUCGUAACGAUUAGCCGCCAUGCCGCUGUAGUGGCCGGCCCAAGCACCCGCAACACCAACACCCCGAAAUCGACGGCAACAAACUCAAACCAAGACGUGAAAAAGCCCCAGCCCAAAGGCAACGUCAGCGCCGCGAAGAAAACCAUGCCGAGCUCGUGAAGCCAGGAACUCGCUUAUAGUUGACCAUCCCGAAUUGUAAAUUAACCGCGGCUACGCGAGCGAUAUACCCCACUCAUCCGGACUAUAAUAGGCUCCCAAAGUCGGAAUUAUAGUCCAGACAGACUAUAAUAGGUCCCCUCGGACGCGCAUCAUAUCCUCUCCUGCCAUGGGCGACAAGUACGACCGCCAGCUGCGUCUGUGGGGCGCCGAGGGCCAGCGCCGCCUGGCCAGCACGCACGUGCUGCUCGUGGGCUCGUGCGCCACGGGCUCGGAGGCGCUCAAGAACCUGGUGCUGCCCGGUGUGCAGCGCUUCACAGUGCUGGACGACCAGACCGUGACGCUGGCCGACGCGACCAACAACUUCUUCGUCACGGCCGACGCCGUGGGCCGCUCCCGGGCCGAGACGGUGGCUGAGCUGCUGCUGGAGAUGAACGCGGACGUGGCCGGAGGCGCCCGCCACGCCAGCAUCAAGCAGGUGCUGCAGGACGAGCCGCAGUACCUGGACCAGUUCGACCUGGUGCUGGCCACGCAGCUGGACGAGCUGGCCACGGCCAGGCUGGCCGAGCUCUGCCUGGACAAGAGGAUCCCUCUGCUGCUGGUCACGUCCUACGGCUUCCUGGGCUCGCUCAGGCUGCAGGUGGCCCAGCACGCCAUCGCGGACGCCAAGCUGGACCCGCCGCGCUACGAGCUGAGGCUGUCCAAGCCGUUCCCCGAGCUGCAGAAGUUCGCCGACAGCUUCGAUUUGAAGUCCUUGUCGACCAUUGAGCACGCACACGUGCCGUUUGUAGUGCUGCUGCUGCAAGCCAUGAAGAUCUGGAAGGAUGGCCAUGCCGGUCAGCCGCCGGCCACGUUCCCGGAGAAGGACGCGUUCAAGAAGAGCCUGCAGGAGAUGGCCUGGGGCCCGCCAGGCCACGAGCUUAACUUCAUCGAGGCAGCAGAGAACGCCUACAAGGUGUACGUGCCGCCUCAAGUGCCGGAAGAGGUUGCGCCGGUGCUGGCCGCUGCGGCGGCGCACACGGCCUCGGUCGAGACGCUGGAGAAGACGAAGGACACGCGCGAGUUCUGGCUGCUGGCUCACGCACUGGCCGAUUUUGUCAAGCAGAACGAUGGGCUCCUGCCGGUGACGGGGGUGGUUCCGGACAUGACGGCGUCGACGGAGGCGUACGUGGCCCUGCAGGAGCUGUACGUGAACAAGGCUAAGGAAGACGCGACCAAGGUGCACGAGAUCCUGCGCAAGAGGUUGCAAGAACUGAAGCUUCCCGAGGACAGUGUGUCGUUCGAAGCUGUGGCCGCUUUCUGCAAGAAUGCCCCAAGCACUGGUAUGCUGGAGACGCGGAGUGUGGCUCAGGAGUACAAGCACGUGGACUUGUCAAGCGUGGAUCUGGAGGACGAGGACAAGGAGCAGUCGCCGUUGAUCUGGUACUUCAUGCUGCGUGCCGUGGCUGCCUUCGCGUCCGAGUUCAAUCGCUACCCGGGCUCAGAGGACGAAGCUGCCUCUCAAGAUGGCGCGUGGCUCGUGUCGAAGGCCAAGAAGCUAGCGGCUGGUAGCGACGUGGCGGACUGGAUUACGGACGACCACGCUCUUGAAAUGACGCGGUCUUGCCAGGUCGAGCUGCACAAUGUGGCCGCCCUGAUGGGUGGCGUCGCCGCGCAGGAAGCCGUCAAGCUUAUCACGCACCAGUUCGAGCCGCUCAACCACACGUACCUGUUCAACGGCAUCUCCGGCGUGGCUGCAACUUACCAGCUUUGA